UUGUUGCGGGGAAAAGAGAAGAGGGAAGGAGAAGGGAAUAAUGUGUAUUUAGUGGAAGAGGAGUUGUAGAAUAAGAGGUUCUACAAUGGGUUUUAAGCCUCUGCUUUGGUAUUGCCGGCCUGUUGAAAAUGGGAUUUGGGCGACUUUGGUGGAGAGUGCAUUUGGGGCGUAUACGCCCUGUGGAAUUGAUAGUAUGGUGAUUUGUAUCUCUCAUUUGAUACUUCUGGGUUUAUGCAUUUAUCGAACAUGUCGGAUCAAGAAGGAUUUUACGGUUAAGAGGUUCUGUUUGAAGUCAAAUUACUACAAUUAUUUGUUGGGGCUGUUGACUGCUUAUUGUACUGCACAGCCUUUGUACAGGUUGGUCAUAGGAAUUUCAAUUCUGAAUCUUGAUGGACAGACCGGCCUUGCUCCCUUUGAGGUUGUUUCUCUUCUCGUUGAGGCUCUUGCUUGGUGCUCCAUGUUGGUCAUGAUUUUUGUAGAAACUAAAACUUACAUCUGUGAGUUUCGGUGGUACAUUCGAUUCGGAGUCAUUUAUGUUUUGGUGGGGGAGGCUGUUAUGCUCAAACUUUUCCUGUCAGUCAAGGAGUACUUUUCGAUAUCCGUGUUGUACUUGUACUGCAGUGAGGUUUUAUGCCAGGCUAUUUUUGGGAUCCUUUUGCUGUUUUAUGUUCCUGAUUUGGAGCCCUACCCGGGUUAUACCCUUAUCCAGACGGAGACUGUUGAUGACACUGAGUAUGAAGAGCUUCCUGGAGAGGAGCAGAUUUGUCCUGAGAGGCAUGUCAAUUUCUUUUCCAGGGUAUAUUUUGGCUGGAUUACUCCCCUAAUGCAGCAAGGCUAUAAAAGACCAAUCACUGAGAAGGAUGUGUGGAAACUUGAUACAUGGGAUAGGACAGAGACAUUGUAUAGCAACUUCCAAAGAUACUGGCUUGAAGAAUCACAAAGGCCCAAACCGUGGCUAUUGAGAGCAUUACAUCGUAGCCUUGGGGGAAGGUUCUGGUUGGGAGGAUUAUUCAAGAUUGGCAAUGAUCUUUCGCAGUUUGUAGGGCCACUAGUUUUGAACCUCCUCUUACAGUCUAUGCAACAUGGAGAUCCAGCUUGGAUUGGAUACAUCUAUGCCUUUUCAAUUUUUGCCGGAGUGGCAUUGGGGGUGCUUUUUGAAGCGCAAUAUUUCCAGAAUGUCAUGCGCGUUGGUUUCCGGCUAAGGGCAACACUGGUUGCUUCUGUCUUUCGUAAAUCCUUACGACUAACACAUGAGAGUCGCAAGAAGUUUGCAUCAGGAAAAAUAACCAACUUGAUGACAACGGAUGCUGAGACACUUCAGCAAGUAUGCCAACAGCUUCAUAGUUUGUGGUCAGCUCCAUUUCGUAUAAUCAUUUCGCUGUUUCUUCUAUACAAGGAACUAGGUGUUGCUUCCCUUUUAGGUGCACUGAUGCUUGUCCUUCUGUUUCCCAUACAGACAUAUGUGAUCAGCAAAAUGCAGAAGCUAUCUAAGGAGGGCUUGCAACGCACAGACAAAAGAAUUGGCCUCAUGAAUGAAAUAUUGCCUGCCAUGGACACUGUGAAAUGUUAUGCAUGGGAGGAGAGCUUCCAAUCUAAAGUCCAAGGCAUUCGGGACGAUGAACUUUCAUGGUUUCGGAAGGCACAGUAUCUUGCUGCGUUCAAUAGUUUUCUACUAAACAGCAUUCCCGUUGUGGUCACGGUGGUUUCAUUUGGGUUGUUCACUUUGCUUGGUGGGGAUUUGACUCCUGCAAGGGCAUUUACAUCACUCUCACUGUUUGCAGUACUGCGGUUCCCCCUGUUCAUGCUUCCUGCUUUGAUAACUCAGGUUGUAAAUGCUAAUGUCUCAUUGAAACGUCUGGAGGAACUAUUUUUGGGCGAAGAAAGAAUUCUUAUGCCAAACCCUCCUCUUGAGCCAGGGCUUCCAGCCAUAACGAUCAGGGAUGGAUACUUUUCCUGGGAUUCUAAGGCAGAGAAGCCUACACUAUCAAAUAUAAAUUUGGAUAUACCAGUUGGUAGCCUUGUGGCAAUUGUUGGCAGUACUGGGGAAGGAAAAACGUCAUUGGUAUCGGCAAUGCUUGGGGAGCUACCUCCCAUGUCAGAUGCAACUGCUGUGAUUCGGGGAACUGUUGCAUAUGUCCCACAAAUUUCAUGGAUUUUCAAUGCUACUGUACGUGACAAUAUAUUAUUUGGAUCUGUCUUUGAGCCAGCACGAUAUGAAAAGGCAAUAGAAGUGAGUGCACUUCAGCAUGACCUUGACUUACUGCCUGGAGGUGAUCUCACAGAGAUUGGUGAAAGAGGGGUGAAUAUUAGUGGUGGGCAGAAGCAAAGAGUUUCCCUGGCUCGAGCCGUCUACUCCAAUUCAGAUGUUUACAUAUUUGAUGACCCUUUAAGUGCUCUUGAUGCUCAUGUAGCUAGACAGGUUUUCGAUAAAUGUAUCAAGGAUGAAUUGCGAGGAAAGACUAGAGUGCUUGUCACAAACCAGCUACACUUUCUCCCACAUGUUGACACUAUUCUUCUGGUUCAUGAAGGCAUGGUGAAAGAGGAGGGAACCUUUGAGGAACUUUGUAACAACGGGGUGUUGUUCCAAAAGCUAAUGGAAAAUGCAGGGAAAAUGGAAGAAAAUGUGGAAGAAAUUCAAGAAAAUGAAGAAGCAAAGGACAAGGACAAUGACCAAAAGAGCUCAGAACCUGCUGCCAAUGGGAAAGUGAAUGGGCUGUUGAAAAAUGAAAGCAGUACAAAUAAAAAGAAAGAAGGAAAAUCUGUUCUUAUCAAGAAGGAGGAACGUGAAACUGGUGUUGUCAGUUGGAAUGUUCUAAUGAGGUAUAAAAAUGCCUUAGGGGGCGCAUGGGUGGUUAUGAUUCUCUUUAUCUGCUAUGUGUCAACGGAAGCUCUUCGAGUUUCAAGUAGCACUUGGUUAAGCAUCUGGACAGAUCAAAGCUCCUCGAAAAGAUAUGGUUCUGGAUUCUACAAUCUGGUUUAUGGACUUCUAUCUUUUGGCCAGGUAUUAGUGACGCUGGGAAACUCCUUUUGGUUGAUCACUUCAAGUCUUUAUGCAGCAAAAAGGUUGCAUGAUGCCAUGCUUCAUUCUGUAUUAAGAGCUCCAAUGGUGUUCUUCCAGACCAACCCUAUUGGGCGGAUUAUCAAUAGGUUUGCCAAGGAUCUUGGCGAUAUAGAUCGCAAUGUUGCUGUUUUUGUUAAUAUGUUUCUUGGUCAAGUGUCACAGCUCCUUUCAACUUUUGUCCUGAUAGGCAUAGUGAGCACCAUAUCCCUGUGGGGCAUAUUGCCACUUCUGGUGUUGUUUUAUGCUGCCUAUCUAUAUUAUCAGAGCACAGCCCGUGAAGUAAAACGUUUGGAUUCCAUAACUAGAUCUCCUGUAUAUGCACAAUUUGGGGAGGCAUUAAAUGGUCUACCAACAAUUCGUGCAUACAAAGCCUAUGAUCGGAUGGCCAACAUUAAUGGGAAAUCCAUGGACAAUAAUGUCAGAUACACCCUUGUGAAUAUGAGUUCGAACCGCUGGCUUGGAAUCAGAUUGGAAACAUUGGGAGGUCUUAUGAUUUGGUUAACAGCAACGUUUGCUGUUAUGCAGAACCAACGGGCAGAAAACCAGGUGGCAUUUGCAUCAACAAUGGGUCUGCUUCUUAGUUAUGCUUUAAAUAUCACAAACUUGUUAACUGCCGUUUUAAGACUUGCAAGUUUGGCCGAGAAUAGUUUAAAUUCUGUUGAGCGGGUGAGCACAUAUAUUGAAUUGCCUUCCGAGGGUCCUGUUAUUAUUGAGAGUAACCGCCCUCCACCUGGCUGGCCAUCAUCAGGAUCAAUCAAGUUUGAGGAUGUUGUCCUACGCUACAGGCCUGAACUUCCUCCGGUCCUCCAUGGUUUGUCUUUCAUGAUUUCUCCCAGUGAGAAAGUGGGGAUUGUUGGAAGGACUGGGGCUGGAAAGUCUAGCAUGCUCAAUGCAUUAUUUAGGAUAGUAGAACUGGAAAGGGGAAGGAUUUUGAUUGAUGGUUGUGAUAUUGCAAAGUUCGGUCUGACAGAUUUGCGUAAAGUUCUUGGGAUAAUACCACAAUCACCUGUUCUUUUCUCAGGAACUGUCAGGUUUAAUCUUGAUCCUUUCACUGAGCACAAUGAUGCUGACCUAUGGGAGGCUUUGGAGAGAGCACAUCUAAAGGAUGUUAUUAGAAGGAAUUCUUUGGGUCUGGACGCAGAGGUUUCUGAGGCUGGGGAAAAUUUCAGUGUCGGACAGAGGCAGCUGUUAAGCCUUGCUCGUGCUUUGCUGCGGAGAUCAAAGAUUCUUGUUCUUGAUGAAGCAACAGCCGCUGUUGAUGUUAGAACGGAUGCUCUUAUUCAGAAAACCAUAAGAGAUGAAUUUAAAUCAUGCACUAUGCUCGUAAUUGCUCACCGACUAAAUACAAUAAUUGAUUGUGACCGUGUCCUUCUACUUGAUGCUGGUCAGGUUCUAGAAUUUGAUUCCCCAGAGCAUCUGCUGCUAAAUGAGGGGAGUGCUUUCUCUAAGAUGGUCCAAAGUACUGGAGCUGCAAAUGCACAGUAUUUACGGAGUUUAGUCCUUGGAGAAGGGGAGAACAGGUCAAUCAAUGCAGAAAUGAUGCAGCAAGAAGGACAAAGGAGAUGGCUAGCUUCUUCACGUUGGGCUGCUGCUGCCCAGUUUGCACUUGCCAUGAGCCUGAGUUCUUCACAAAAUGAUCUCCAGCAGCUGGUGAUUGAAGAUGAAAAUAGCAUCAUCAGGAAAACCAAAGAUGCAGUCAUCACUCUGCAGGGUGUUUUAGAAGGGAAGCAUGACAAAGAUAUUGAUGAGUCACUAAAUCAAUACCAAGUUCCCAGAGACAGAUGGUGGUCAGCACUCUACAAAAUGGUUGAAGGUCUUGCCAUGAUGAGUAGGUUGGCACGCAACAGGGUACAUCAAUCUGAGUAUGGUUUUGAAGAGAAAUCAAUCAAUUGGGACAAUGUUGAGAUGUAAACAUAUCUUUAACACUUUAAAGAAAAACAUAUGGUUGGGAAUACAAGGGAAAACCAAAUUAACCAUGCUACAGUCAACACUACUGAAGACGAAGAGGAGAGCAUGUCUGUGUCAACUGUGAUGAUGCUUACAUUCUGGUGACUAAAUUGCAGGAUAUUGACCACAGGAUGGGAAGUGGCUAGUCCUAUGGACGAGCUGUGCCGUGGAAGCUAAAAGUUUUUAUUAUUAUGUUAAUAUUUCCAGAUUUAGAUGGGGACAUCUGCCCUGCUCCAGUUUUACAGAUUGUCUAAGGCUGGUGUGUUAGUAAUCUAGACUAUUAAAAUUCUCACUAAUUGAUGGGAAAAUGUUUAGGAGCCAAGUAGGUCUUAUAUUUAGCUGAUCUUAAUGUCACUGUUCAAUUCAACUAAAUUAUUUGGUCAGAUACCUACCUGAUAUGCUGCCUGAAGUAGAAUCAAGUUUGGGGAUCCUUUCUUAUGUUUCCAAAGUAAUACUUGAAAGUUCAUUUCUUUGAACAGUUGUGUAAACAUACCAAUGUGGGGAACUAGAAAUUUACCCUGUAGCAGUAAUUUCUUGGUGAUAAUGUUUACUCUUAUGUAAAGCAAAA